UUUAAUUCAAAAUUAUGCCCAGCUUAAACUCUGCACAUACUAAAUGGCAAAAUAUGUGCAUGAAAUUGCAUCAGAAAUGUUGGCCUGCACACGUAGAUUAGGUGUACGUAUUUGCAAUGCGAAUUUCAUAUGCAUUUGUACACGUGUAGUAGCUAACACAACAAGGUCCAUCCACAACUGCACCUUUGCAUCAGUUAUUUAUGCGCAAACCUACUUAUCAACAUAAAUGUGAGUCAUAAGCAUAGUACAUAAAACUCGCGUAACAGAAGUAAGUUUCGUUACAUUUAAAACAUUGUUAAUGUCAUCAACACCUCCGAAAUCCACCAAAAUGAGCAAUGAACUUUCCAACUCAUUUUCCAUACAAUCAACAUUGUCAAGUUUUCUGGAAAGUGGAGAUUUAGCAGACGUGGAAUUUAUCGUAGGUCAGGAAAAAGUGGGAAUUAAAGCACACAAAAUUUUUUUGCUCAUGCGAAGUGAUGUCUUUGGUUCCAUGUUGAGUUCUCGGUGGCUCAGUGACACAGAAAGUGGUGAUAAAGAGGACACUCAUUUGACAAGAGUAGAGCUCCCCCAUUUUGAACCAGCCGUGUUUAAAACGUUUUUAAAGUACCUAUACACGGAUCAAAUUGUCGUUAGUGACACCAUUCGUGGAGGUGACGAGCUAAUUGACCUCUUCGUAAUGGCUGACAUGUAUGGGAUAAUCCCACUCCAAGAAAAAAUCUUGACCACUCUCGAGUCUAGUCUUUCCAUGAAUAAUUGCGUCAAUAUUUACGAAUCUACGAAAGUCUUAAAUGAAGAGUUAAGCAGAAAGGCGUUAGGGUUUAUAAAGGGAAACAUCUCACAAUUGCUGCACCACAACGUAUAUUUGACCACGGGUAAGGAUGGACACUGGAGUCCAAAUACGUGGACAGCGAUUCUACAGUCGGACGACAUGGUUGUGGAAGAAGUCGAACUUUUUGUUGCGAUUGUCAAAUGGGCCGAAGGAGAUGAGGCACGUUUGGAACGUUUACAAUCCACUCUCCUCCAAUUGAUUCGCUAUCCAAUCAUGACGUCCGAAGAAUUUGCCAAGUUUGUCGUGCCUACUGAAUUACUACAAAAUACUGCCGUUAUAAAAAUGCUGCUCUUUUACAUCGACACCAAAGGAAACCACACCCAGUCAUCCUGCCUCCCGUACACGUUUCUCUCUCGUACCGUAAAAGUCGCCACAUCAUCAACGGAAUUGACCUAUUUCCUCAAACGUUCCUCCCCUGGCGACGUUAUCCAACUUCUCAACCGACCCUACGUCGGCUCUUUCACUCUACCAACGAGCUACGUAACCCUUCGUGGCGAAGGACCCGAAUCCUCCAUCACAUCCGGCGAUCGAGAAAAUCCCCUCCUAUCUCUCGAAGGGAAUCGCUGCACAGUUUCCAAUAUUCGCUUCCACCACGCGUCCACCACUGACCCCCGCUCUGUCAAACCUCUCAUCCAAGUCAACGGGUAUCACAACACGCUGUCCAACUUGGAAGCGAAUACGGGUUGUUACUGGACCGAAAUUUCGCUCCCUGAUGGAUCCAUAACUUCGAACAAGCUCCUCAAACAAAACCCUUGCUUCGCUAUUGCCCUUGGAGAUGGAGAUGGUCACACCAUUUCCAACCUGGUAUGUGUCAACAGGGGCAACGGGGUGAAUAUCGAGGGAAAGGGGGCAGGCCACUCUGUCCUCGGCGUGACUUCCAUCCAGAGCACUGAUGGUCAGAGUAGGUGCGAAUUUGGUACUGCCGUCUCCAUAAUGGGAGGAACUGGACACACGCUCCAAGAUAUUUCUGGGGAUUGGUACUUACGAUUUGGAGAGGGCAGUGAAACCGUCACCGCGAGCGGGUGUGACCUCCUCGGCGUCACGCUGGACGGGAGGGGACACGACUUUGUAGGACUCAAGGCAAAAAAAUGGGUCAAAAUUAAAGGAGAAGGACAUUCUUUUGAUGCGGCGUGUCAAGCUGGAAGGUGGGAUGGAAGGAUAGACAACAAUUAAAUAAACACAUAUUUCUACUUGUUUUGUAUACAUAAUAAUUUAUUUACAAAAGUUGCAAACCUUAUUAAAAGAAUAAAUGUUCAACAAAUUUG